ACGUGAACUGACUAUUUAACACAAAAUUGCGAUGCGGUUGAAGCGGAGAUCCUCGGACUCGGAUUCGCAUCGUGAUUCUAACGUUAACUUCCAUUUCCAUUUUCUUUGCUGCGAUGCGAAUAUGCUUCCUCCAAUCCGUCCUUCUACAAAUGCUAUGUGAAUUUCAAAUCUUCUUUAAAUUUCAAUUAUAGAAUCUCCAGUGUGGAAUGCACCAUAAUAUUCAUGUGAAAUUGAAUUGCUUUUUCUUCUUCAAAAUUAAACUCAUAUUGUCAAACAUGCCAUUUAUUUGAUUUGACUGAAUAUCAUUAUGCUGGCCAAUUAAUUGCUUUUCAGCUGCUGACAGAUACUGAGUACCGAUCUAUUUUCUCUCCUUUUUCACAAUUUCUCAAGUUACCAUUAGAAGGAAGCCAUGGAAUCUGAGAGAGAAAGUUUUGACCUCUCAGGACCUUUGCAUCUAACUUAUGUCUUAUGGGACAAUGCAUAUCAUCGAAUGUCAGUUGCUGCUAGUUUGGUCCAAGGAGUUUACAUUCUAGAAAGGGACAGGCAAGAAAAACGUGAAGGGCAAAAUGCUCUUGCACCACCUUGGUGGACAUUCUUUCACUUUAAGCUGCUCCGUCCCCUAGUAGAUGAUGUUGAUUCCUCCAUCUUUGGUGCAAUAUAUGAGUUCAGGCCUCCAUCAUCUCAAUAUAAUGACACUUUAUAUAGAAGUCCACAUUAUGUAAUUGCCUUUAGAGGAACUCUAACCAAAUCACAUUCAGUUUCUCGUGAUAUUGAGCUGGAUAUCCACUUUAUCAAGCAAGGGCUUCAUCAAACUUCCCGCUCUGAAAUAGCUAUUCAAGCUGUUCAAAACACAGUAGCAACUGUAGGUGAUUCAAAUGUUUGGUUGGCUGGACACUCUCUAGGAUCAGCAAUGGCAAUGCUCACUGGGAAAACCAUGGCCAAGAAUGGCAUGUUUAUCGAAUCUUUUCUUUUCAACCCACCAUUUGUAUCUGCUCCAAUUGAAAGAAUUAAGGAUGAGAGGGUGAAACAUGGGAUUCGAAUUGCGGGCAGCGUGAUAACAGCUGGACUCACCAUUGCUAUGCAAGCCAAGCAGCCGAAGGAUUUAUCUGUUGAUCCAUUUGCUGCUUUGGCUGCCUGGGUCCCAGGUUUGUUUGUGAAUCCAUCUGACCAUAUCUGCUCAGAGUAUAUUGGUUACUUUGAACAUAGAAGAAAAAUGGAUGAGAUUGGAGCAGGCGUCAUUGAAAGGUUAGCAACUCAAAAUUCACUUGGUGGCCUACUGAUGAGUGCAUUUGGGAAGGAAUCUGAACCCCUUCACCUCAUUCCUUCAGCUUCUCUGACAGUUAAUGUUACUCCUUCGCGUGAUUUCAAAGAAGCCCAUGGGAUUCACCAGUGGUGGAAACCAGACUUGCAGCUAGAACGCAAGCUCUACAAUUACAAAUAGUUCCUGUAGUUAUUUAUUUAUUGUGAUACAUUGGGGGGUGCUGGUUCUAGUUUUUUUGUAUAGACUGAUGAAAUUCAUUAGGAAUGAUCAAGGUAAAUUAUGAAUGAUUGAAUUGUCAUUUUGUAUAAAUUGUUAGAUAAGUGGCUGUUGUGACUUCUACAGCUCUGGCCUAUUUUGGAUUGAGGAAACCUUCUCGGCCUUAAAGCAUUUAACUUUUAUUUACCAGAAAAA